GGUUGCCUUAUUUGGAGGGUGACAAGGAAGCAGUUGUUAUAUAGCUGGGUGGUCAGGAGGGUGUACUGGAGAAGUGUCCAACUCCAGGCUCCAGAGGCGUGCUUCAGCAGAGAGCUAAGAGUCUCACACAAUGAAGCCGCUGCGAGUAUGGGGACUGGUCAUCCUCUGCGUGCUGCUGGCCAGCGAGCUCCCCACCAGCAAGACGCGGGCCAUAAAGCACAGGUUCAAGUGGAACCGGAAGCCUGUGCCGGGCACCACGCAGAUCACCGAGGCCCGCGUGGCUGAGAACCACUCGGGAGCCUUCAUCAAGCAAGGCCGGAAGCUGGACAUCGACUUCGGAGCCGAGGGCAACGAGUACUACGAGGCCAACUACUGGCAGUUCCCCGAUGGCAUCCACUACGACGGCUGCGCGGACGCCAACGUGACCAAGGAGAUGUUCGUGGCCAGCUGCAUCAACGCCACCCAGGCGGCCAACCAGGCCGAGUUCGCCCGGAAGAAGCAGGACAACCAGCUGUACCAGCGGGUCCUGUGGCGGCUGAUCCAGGAGCUGUGCGCCAGCAAGCGCUGCGAGUUCUGGCUGGGAAGGGGAGCGGGGCUGCGGGUGGCCGUGGACCAGCCCGUGCUGCUCGGUCUCCUGGGCUUCGUUUGGCUCAUCACGAAAUAAGCUCCCAGGAGGCUGUCAGCCACAGAGGUGAGCCGGUGGGCACCCCAGGUUUCCACCACCCCAACCUCACGUGUCCUGAAGGUACCAAGGACUUCAAACAUGCCUCCCCCAGUGCCCCUUUGGUUUUUGUUUGUAUUUGCCAAGCGUGUUUCAGCCUGGCCCUCUCACCCACCCACCCAUGCGCUGCCCCGGUGGGAUAGGUUCAUGUGUCCUCUCAGCUCUAAACAAACCAGUGAAAGAACACAGGGAUUGUGGCGCCUUCCCCAGACUCCCCGCUUCACAGAUGAGGAAAUGGCUCAGAGAGGUGGCAGAGCUCACCAGUCACACAGCUAGAAAAUGGCAGGGCCAGCAUUCAACUCAUGGCCUACCUCCUGCCAGGUUUCCUGCUCUCUGUUCCCAGAGCGUCUCCUGAUCCCUGCUGACUCUCGGGUACAAGUCCAACCCAAGGUCUAAAGCGAAGCACAGAGGUGCCACUCUGAAACAGAUGGGAAGGACUGUGCACUUUGCACACCUGUGCACCUUAAGUACACGAAGUUUAGUUCAGACCUUACAGGGAAGCUAAAAUAUAAUAAGAAAGGAAAACUCCAAUUUAAUGAAAUUUGCCAUGCAGUUCCCAGAGACCAGAUUACAGCAGGGUGUGUCUAUAUGACCUGUUCACAAGAAAGCUGUCUGCUAUUCCCAUCCCUGCAUUGGCCUGUGUGCUUAAGAAAAGAUGUAAAGGAUAUUUUUGCUUCUUUGGUUAUUUUGAGACAUGGUCUUGCUAUGCAGCCAGGCUGAUCACAAGUAUGAGUUCAAUUCUAAUGUUCCCCUGGCCUUAUUGCAUUUGUUUAAUGUGCACACAUGUGAACAUCUUUAAAUGUGUCCCCUGGGGCUGGAGAAAUGGCUUAGCUGUUAAGCACUUGCCUGUGAAGCCUAAGGACCCCGGUUCGAAGCUCAA